AUGGCGACGGAACUUACACAGGAAGACCUUGCGCAGCGUGAUGAGUUGAGGGAAAACAGCAAUGACGGUGAAUUUGAGGUUGAGCAAGAACCUGAAUCUUGUGGGGAUAAUGUCGAGGACAUGCCGCCAUACAUAACCAAUCCAAACAGCUAUGGUGUUUUUCGAUCAUACCCAAGCAGUCGAUCAUCAUUCACUCCAGAUGAAUUGUUCACGUUGAACGGAGUCUCGGAUUCUCUGAACUUCACUCCGGAUGCUCAUUCUUCUGAAGUGCGACCAUGGUGGUCAUCUUUUGGAUCAUCUCUCUCUUCCGUCAAAGAUUUUUUUGCACCCUUUCGCAAUGCUUCUGUCUUCCAUAUCCUCAAUUGGCAUUACAAUGGAUCAAAUCUCAAGUCCCUUUCCCAGCUCAAUACCCUUGUAGAGGACCUUAUAAUGCAACCUGAUUUCAAACAGGAAGACUUCAUCAGCUUUAGUGCAUCACGGGAAGCGGAAUGCCUUUAUAAUUACACAUCGGAGAAUCCAGAAUCACCAUUUUUGCCAAAGGAUGGCUGGAUUGAAACCUCGGUAUCAAUUUCCGUCCCCGCAGACAGUGUUAAACACUCCUCUGUUGAUGCUGUGCCCAAGUAUGAAGUGCCAGGUCUCUUUUACCGUCCUCUUGUCGAAAUAAUCAAAGCCUCCUUUCAAGAACCAUCGGCGGAACACUUCAAUUUAUUUCCGUUCGAAGAGUACUGGCCCGCUCAACAUGUCACUUACAUUCCCAAGCUCGGCAAUGCAUUUCAGGACUGGUACAUCAAGACAUUUGGAAAGUCGGCGACUGCUGAAGUGAUCACUCACUGCCGUCAAGAGCUUGUCCAAGCAAUCUGGCGCAUUUUACUUGGUGUCAAAUUCAUGGUUGCGUAUUGUCAUGGAAUCGUGAUGGAAUGUGCAGAUGGUAUCAUGUGGUGUUUUUUCCCUUGCUUCUUUUUCUACGGAGCAGAUUAUCCAGAGAAAACAAUACUUGCAUGCAUCAAGUAUCUUGGAAACUUUCCAUGUCCUUGCUGCCUUAUUUCCAAGGUGGACAUUUCGAAACUUGGAACUAAACGCGAUCGUAAAUUGCGCAAUUCAAAGGAGCAAGUAGAUGAUGAAAAUCAGCAAAGUAAAAUACAACUGGUUCAAGACUGGAUUUAUAAGGGCGGAUAUGGGAUCGUAAGUGUUGCUGUCGAGAGAAUCCUUGGUCCCAAAUCUCUCAUUCCAAUGCACAAUGCUUUCUCUGAGCGAUUAUUAGCAUAUGGAUUUCAAUUUUACAUGAUGUUCGUACCCGAUCUCCUUCACGAGUUUGAACUCAGUGUAUGGAAGGCAACUUUCACGCAUUUAAUGCACAUUCUGCAUGCCUAUGGGGAUGAUGCCAUUCAAGAACUCAAUCGCCGAUUUCGUGCCAUGCCUACAUUCGGACGAGACACCAUUCACAAAUUCCACAAUAAUGCUUCUGCCAUGAAAAAGCUUGCAGCUUGUGAUUUCAAGGACCUCUUACAGAUUCCUUAUCUCACCAUUUGCACUUGCGACGUGGCAUGGUUUUGCAAAACUUCGGCUACACACAGAGUUGACUUUACGAUCACUGGACAACUCCACAACAAGAUUAGGAGCCAUGCUUUGAAAGUUCAAAUCCACGAAGAGGCCGCGCAGGGACAUCGAAAAGCAGCAGCCACCGCCAAAAAACUGCAGAAUAGAAAGGGAUCGACUCCCCCCCCUCAAAAGAAGACCAAAGUGCGUUCAUUCAAGAAGCACUAUUUCAAUCUUGACACCUACAAGCUACACUCUCUUGGUGAUUAUGUGAAAACCAUCAAGCACUUUGGAACGACAGAUAAUACUAGCACGCAGACUGGGGAACUCAAGCACCGUCAACCAAAACGGUUUUACCCACGUGUUCACAAGGGAAAGCAUGUGAAGGGAAUAUCCGUUCACCAACGACGUGAACGAAUACUUCACAAAAUUUCCCUCCGAAGUGGUGAGACAGGAAACCGUCAGGAAAAACUGUGCAAAGGCAAUCGUAAAAAUCUUGCUCUGACAAUUCCCUUCGAAGAGGCAGAGAAUUUGCCUUUUACUGAUCCUCAAGUGCACCACCAUAUGUCAUCAGAUACAAGACAUAAAAUUGAUGUUGUACAAUGGGUAGGAGAAAAUGAAGAUGACCCCGCCAUGAUGAACUUCAUCCUGAGACUUAAAAAUCAUCUUUUGAGUCAACUCCUUGCACGUGAAUAUUCAGGAGAUGAAACAGAAUUUACCUCCAAAGAACAAAAUUCGGUGGCAUUUAUCAACAACUGCAUUUACAGCCACAAAGUAUUGCGGGUAAAUUACACAACUUAUGACAUGCGACACGAGCAAGAUUCUUUGAAUCCAAGGACACAUGCGGACAUCAUGGUGGUAUCGCAAGAGCCAACAAUGCAUGAAGAUGGGAUGCCAGAACAUCCUUAUUGGUACGCACGAAUAAUUGGUAUCUUUCACACUCAAGUACUGCACACGGGGCCCGAAUCACGCACAUCUGAGCCACAACACAUGGAAUUCUUGUGGGUAAGAUGGUUUGGGCUCGAUCAAGAACAACCCUCAGGUUGGCGCCCAAAACGCUUGCAUCGAGUGGGUUUUGUUGAUGGAGAAGACGAGGCCGCGUUUGGAUUUCUUGACCCUGAACAGGUUAUUUGUGUGGUACAUCUCAUGCCGGCUUUUCAUCAUGGUCAAGGAACAAGCAACUUAAAGCCGUCUAUUGCUCGUCCACUCACAGAAAAGGACGAGGACUGGGUAUUUUAUUAUAUAGGAAUGUUUGCUGACAGAGAUAAAGUGAUGCGAUUCCGAGGGGGGGGCGUUGGGCACAAGUCGACACGUGAAUCUAUGGACCAAUUUUUGCAAGAUUGGGAUGCCCUCAAUCUCAUAGACAAGGAACCCUCAGAAAUGGAAUUGGAUUCGGAUUUUGACAACGAAGACGACAACAAGGAAGGGAAUGUGGGGGGAGAUGAAGAUCAGGAAGAGUGGAUGGACGAGGAUGAUGAUGAGGAGGAUGACUAUGGAUAUGAUUUCUUGAUACCGCAACAUCUCAAGUACUAUAGUUUUAUGGCUGAGCCGCUUUUGACAAAAUGCAACAUUUUAUUAGCUACGCAAUGA